AUUGGAUUUGUUGGUUGGGUUUCGUGUUCAUUCUCAAUUCCUAAUACAAGUGUUACAGACACUGUUAAAUUCAACCAGCAUAAUGGAUCCGAUUUAUCCAAUCAAUUUCAUUCUUUCAAAUUUAUUGGGAAAGGAAAAUUUCAAGAGCAUUCGAAUUUGAUAACCUAGCUGUGAUCGUUUUUUUUUUUUCAAGCUCGCCUUGCUUCUCCAUCUACACGAACGCAGAUAGGAAAACGACGGUAGAUCCAGGAAAAUGGAGGGAAAUCCACCUGUGAAUCCGAUCCCAAACGAAGCUACUGUGAAGCGUUACAAAUCCAUUUGGCGUGUGGUGCUCAUUUUCAACUUCGCUCUUGGCGGGUAUAUGUUUUGGCAGUCGGGUAAGAAACCAAGAGGAAAAGAGAAAACUGCUGUCCCCACUGAAGAAGUAGCCCCCGAAACUCCCGUUAUCGUGAGUCCUCCAGUUGAACCUGAGCCAGUAAUUCCUACUCCUAUCACGAGUCCCGUGAUAGUGCGACAGCCUGUCACAGAAGACCAGCAACGUGAAAUUUUCAACUGGAUUUUGGAAGAGAAAAGAAAGGUGAAACCCACGAGUCGAGAGGAGAAGAAACGAAUGGAUGAGGAGAAGGCCAUUCUCAAAGAGUUCAUUCGCGCAAAGUCGAUUCUGUGGAUUUGAUAUGUUCGGUUGGGUAUUGUAGUUUUAGGUAGUUUGUCGAUCUCUGCCUUUCUUUGGUUAGAAGAAAAAUGGUUAACCUUAGAUGAAGAGACAUUUUUGGAUAAUAUGCAGAUAUGCAGUAGUAGUGGGGUCAGUAGUUUUGAUAUUUUAUUGCAAUGCAUUCGGAAUUCAUGUGCAAUUUUACUCUAUUAGAGGAAAUUUUAACCGGACAAUCUGAUGUACGUGUGUUUUGUAGAAAAUUGUUGGUGCUGAUUACGUGCCGAAAUUAGAGUACAUGAUUUAAAUGGGGACUGAAUCUCUCACCUUCUUGAAUUUUUAUUAUUAAUAA